AGCUUGUUGCCCAAUCUAUUAUCUUUCUGUUUGCCGGCUAUGAGACCACUAGCAGUUCUCUUUCUUUCCUUAUGUAUUUGCUGGCCACUCACCCGGAUGUGCAGCAGAAAUUACAUAAGGAGAUUGAUGAAACGUUUCCCAAUAAGGCAACUCCCACCUAUGAUGCCCUGGCACAGAUGGAGUAUCUUGACAUGGUGAUGAAUGAAUCCCUCAGACUAUUCCCAAUUGCUGGUAGACUUGAGAGGUUCUGUAAGAAGGAUGUGGAAGUCAAUGGGGUGUUCAUUCCCAAAGGAACACUCGUGAUGGUGCCAAGCUUUGUUCUUCACCUAGACCCGACGCACUGGCCAGAGCCAGAGGAGUUCCGUCCUGAAAGGUUUAGCAAGGAGAACAAGGACAGGAUAAAUCCUUACAUAUACACACCCUUUGGAAGUGGACCCAGAAACUGCAUCGGAAUGAGGUUCGCUCUCAUGAACAUGAAAAUUGCUCUCGUCAGAGUUCUGCAGAACUUCUCCUUCAAACCUUGCAAAGAAACACAGAUCCCUGUGGAAUUAGAUUUUCAAGGAAUUAUUCAACCAAAAAAACCCAUUGUUCUAAAGGCUGAGUUGAGAGAUGGGACUGUAAGUGGAGCCUGACUUUCCCUAAGGAUUUACACUUUGUUCUUCAAGGAAGUCAUAUCCCCUGACACCAGAGAUCUCAGUGUACUUUGUGAAUAAAUAAAAAAACAGAAAUGAAGAUGUGCUUAACCUAUUGCACUUGAUGGAUGACUAGGGAGUUUGUAUGUUCACUUAUCUUCUCAAUGUCUAUACAGAGUAUUACAUAUUGUGUUAUUAUAAGAGAGGUGACUAAAUAAGUAGACCGAGUUUAUUGGGUUCUUUUAAUACUAUCUCCAUCUAUUCCCACUUAGUAUCAUCUACUUACUUAGUACUAAUCACGAAUACAAAUUUCUCUAUAAUUUUCUCAACAAACCUUAAUGAAAACAAGAAUCAUUAUGGAAAUGAGAAUAGUGACAUUUAUAUCACGUUUUAUUUUGAAUAUUCUAUAUUGUAUAUUAUAUUGAGCAACUCAAUAAACAUCUCUUCAUAAUAAUAUUAUCUAAUGCUUUCAUGCACAGCCAGUGACUAAAUGUUUUUAACCAUCACAAUCACUGGUUGGGUGGGACCUUUACAGAAUUCCAAUUUGAUAUAUUAAGAUAGAUGAGAAUAAAUCCAUUGUGAUUUCCCCCAUUAUUUAGAAAGUACAUUCAUAAUUUAAUUCCACCUUUUUGGAGCACAUAUUUUUUGUAAGACUCAGUUGAGGCACUUACUAUUUUAUUAUUAGUUUUGAUUUAAUGUUUUAUCUCAUCUCCCUUGAUAACUCUGGAAGACAGGAAACAUGUUUUCUUAUAUUCUUAGAAUGUCAUCCUCAAGUCCCAACCCUCUUAACACAAUGAACAUGGAAUAAAAGAUAGUUGAUUGGUCAAUUGAUUGGGUAGAAAGGCUACAAGCAUUCGUCAGUUUCAGAAGUGCACAGGUUUCUUCCUUUUCCAUCUCUAUCUCCUGCUGUUUCCUUCCCCUCACUUUACUUCCUUCUUUUCCCUUUCCUUCCCUUGCCUCCCCUUCCCUUUCCUUUUUUUCCUUUCUGGAUAAUUUGGUCUGAAAGCCAAAAGGUUCGGUACAGCAUUAUUGGCAGACACACACUGCAGGGCAGGGGCAGGGGCAG